UUUUCUCCGAUCACUCUCUCUCUCUCUCUCUCUCUCUCUCUAAUUUAAUCCGAUCGAGACUAUGUCCAAAUUUCGCAAUCUGUUAUUUCUCUUCUUGAUUUUGAUCUCAUCGGUUGUUCGGGAAUCAAGUUGUUCGUAUGCUGGUUCGGCUACCUCCACCGUAGAUCCUAGUAAAGUGAAGCAGAUUUCAUGGAAACCGAGAGCUUUUGUAUAUGAAGGAUUUCUCACGGACCUAGAAUGCGACCAUCUGGUUUCUAUAGCGAGAUCCGAGCUAAAGAGAUCUGAAGUUGCUGAUAAUGAUUCAGGAGAUAGCAAGCUCAGUACUGUUCGAACGAGCUCAGGAAUGUUCAUUUCUAAGAGCAAGGAUCCUAUUGUUUCUGGCAUCGAGGACAAAAUUGCUGCAUGGACUUUUCUUCCAAAAGAGAAUGGAGAGGACAUUCAGGUAUUGAGAUAUGAGCAUGGCCAGAAGUAUGAAUCACAUUAUGAUUACUUUGUUGACAAGGUUAAUAUUGCCCGGGGAGGACAUCGUUUAGCUACAGUCCUUAUGUAUCUCUCUAAUGUGACCAAAGGCGGUGAAACAGUUUUUCCCUUGGCUGAGAAAUCUCCCCGCCGGAGGGCUUCUGAAACAGACGAGGAUCUCUCAGAGUGUGCAAGGCAAGGAAUUGCAGUGAAACCAAAGAAAGGCGAUGCCCUUCUUUUCUUUAGUCUCGAACCAAAUGCAAUCCCAGACACCAAUAGUCUCCAUGGAGGCUGCCCUGUUCUUGAAGGAGAAAAAUGGUCAGCAACAAAGUGGAUUCACGUUGACUCUUUCAGCAAAAACUUGGGAAACAUUGGGGACUGUUCGGAUCUAAACGAAAGCUGUGAGAGAUGGGCUGCCUUAGGGGAGUGCACCAAAAACCCUGAGUAUAUGGUCGGAUCUCCGGAGCUUCCAGGCUACUGUAGGCGGAGUUGCAGGAUCUGUUGAUACACUCCAAAUUUGGAUACCUUUUGGCGCUAUCUUAUGCCUUUUGAACUCUGAAGCACGGAUGAAUGAAGCAGUAGCCGUCGGGUAAUUAUAACUCUACUUCUCUUUUUUUCUUAAUAUGAUUGAAAAAUAUAUUUCUUUUUGUCGAAAAUUACUUGUUUUAUUUGUGUGAUCAUAUAUUGAUCACCUUAACUCCUAUUAAGAAACCUCCGUUACGUUUUUCUUAAUCGAACUAGUUUAAUUUUUCACCAACGAAAGGUAACCUUAUUGGUCACCCCUAUUCUCGUAUUGUUUUUUUUUUCAAUAAAAACUAAGUUUGAUUGAAAGUACAAUUUUUAACCUAUAUAUUAUAUUAGAAAAGUUGCACAUUAUUCCCCCCAAAAAAAAGCCUAACUUGAUAGGUGGUGGUUGUUGGUUCAGCCAUUGUUCUUCUCAUCCUUCAGCAUUAUAUUUGGCUCAUUGUAAAUAGUUCUGAUGUGAUGAAUUCAGCGAACUCCAGGAACCCAGCAGGACUUUUCAAUCCAUCUGAAACCAAAGGACAAAGGAAGAAAAGAGGUAAAAAUAGGUAUUGACAAAAAAUUAUCCAUUUAAUAUGUAGGAGUGAGAUCGAGCAAAAACUCGCGGUUUUUGGUAAUUUAUUAGAAAGAACGAAAGAAAGAUUCCGUAA